CUGCCCGGUUAGCCAGAAGCGAAGGGCAGGGUUAAGGGACCGGCAGCAGCUCAACGUCGAGGUUUUAGUCAGGCAGUACGUUGGACUCUUGUCUGGGGCCAGGCUGCGGGAAGAAAAGUCUUCGGGCGGACAGCCAGCACUUCAAGCGCUUUCCACUUUCGUCCUCUUCUGUUCAAGAUGGUGGCCUCCCGGGCAAUUGGCAGCCUCAGCCGCUUCACUGCCUCCAGGACGUUCCGAUGCACAGGUUAUAUUUGUCGCAACUUUACAGGAUCUUCUGCUUUGCGGACCAGAACCCAUGUCAACUAUAGAGUCAAAGGGGAUGUGGCAGUUGUUCGAAUUAACUCACCCAAUUCAAAGGUAAAUACACUGAACAAAGAACUGCAAUCAGAGUUCGUAGAAGUAAUGAAUGAAAUCUGGGCAAGCGAUCAAAUCAGAAGUGCUGUCCUUAUCUCAUCAAAGCCAGGCUGCUUUAUUGCAGGUGCUGAUAUCAACAUGUUAGGCGCUUGCAAGACCGCUGAUGAGGUAAGACAGUUAUCGCAGGAAGGACAGAGAAUGUUUGAGAAACUUGAGAAGUCCACAAAGCCUAUUGUGGCUGCCAUCAAUGGAUCCUGCUUUGGAGGAGGACUUGAGCUUGCCAUUGCAUGCCAAUACAGAGUAGCAACAAAAGAUAAGAAAACAGUAUUGGGCGUCCCUGAAGUGUUGCUGGGGAUCUUACCGGGAGCAGGAGGCACACAAAGGCUUCCCAGCAUGGUGGGUUUGCCUGCUGCUUUUGACAUGAUGCUGACUGGUAGAAACAUUCGUGCAGACAGAGCAAAGAAAAUGGGACUGGUUGACCAAUUGGUGGACCCCCUAGGACCAGGAUUAAAACCUCCAGAAGAACGGACAAUUGAAUACCUAGAAGAAGUUGCAGUUACUUUUGCCAAAGGACUAGCCGAUAAGAAAAUCUCUCCAAAGAGAGACAAGGGAUUAGUGGAAAAAUUGACAUCCUACGCCAUGAAUAUUCCAUUUGUCAGGCAACAAGUUUACAAAAAGGUGGAAGAAAAAGUACAAAAGCAGACCAAAGGCCUUUAUCCUGCACCUCUGAAAAUAAUUGACGUGGUAAAGACUGGAAUUGAGCAAGGGAAAGAUGCUGGCUAUCUCUCUGAAUCUCAGAAAUUUGGAGAGCUCGCAAUGACCAGAGAAUCAAAGGCCUUGAUGGGACUUUACCAUGGUCAAGUCACGUGCAAGAAGAAUAAGUUUGGAACUCCGCAGAAGGAGGUUAAGCACCUAGCCGUUCUUGGUGCAGGGCUGAUGGGAGCCGGCAUUGCCCAAGUGUCUGUGGAUAAGGGCCUCAAGACGAUUCUUAAAGAUGCUACGCUCACCGGGCUGGGCCGAGGACAGCAACAGGUGCUCAAAGGAUUGAAUGACAAAGUGAAGAAGAAAGCUCUGACAUCAUUUGAAAGGGACUUCAUUUUCAGCAACUUGACUGGGCAGCUCGAUUACCAGGGUUUUGAAAAGGCCGACAUGGUGAUUGAAGCUGUUUUUGAGGACCUCAGUCUUAAGCACAGAGUGCUAAAGGAAGUAGAAGCGGUGAUUCCAGCUCACUGUAUCUUUGCCAGCAACACAUCUGCUCUCCCAAUCAAUGAAAUUGCUGCUGUCAGCAAAAGACCUGAGAAGGUGAUCGGCAUGCACUACUUCUCUCCUGUGGACAAGAUGCAGCUGCUGGAGAUCAUCACAACCGAGAAAACGUCUAAGGACACAACUGCUUCCGCUGUGGCCGUGGGUCUCAAGCAGGGGAAGGUCAUCAUUGUGGUUAAGGAUGGACCUGGCUUCUACACCACGAGGUGUCUUGCACCCAUGAUGUCUGAAGUCAUCAGAAUUCUCCAGGAAGGAGUUGACCCUAAGAAGCUAGACUCCCUGACCACAGGCUUUGGCUUUCCUGUGGGUGCUGCCACACUGGUGGAUGAAGUUGGCGUGGAUGUCGCAAAACACGUAGCAGAAGACCUAGGCAAAGCCUUUGGGGAGCGGUUUGGAGGUGGAAGCCUGGAACUGCUGAAACAGAUGGUGUCCAAGGGCUUCCUGGGUCGCAAGUCUGGGAAGGGCUUUUACAUCUACCAGGAGGGUGUGAAGAAUAAGAGUUUGAAUUCUGACAUGGACAGUAUUUUGGAAAGUCUGAAGGUGCCGCCUAAGCCUGAUGUCUCCUCUGAUGAAGACGUCCAGUACCGCCUGGUGACAAGAUUUGUGAAUGAGGCCGCCCUGUGCCUGCAGGAAGGGAUCCUGGCCACCCCCACAGAGGGAGACAUCGGAGCGGUCUUUGGGCUCGGCUUCCCGCCCUGCCUUGGAGGGCCCUUCCGCUUCGUGGAUCUGUAUGGUGCUCAGAAGGUAGUGGAUCGGCUCAGGAAGUACGAGGCUGCCUAUGGAAAACAGUUCACCCCAUGCCAGCUGCUAAUCGACCACGCUAACAGCUCUACCAAGAAGUUCUACCAGUGAGCAGGCCCUCACCCCUGCUCACCUGCACACUAAUCCCGACUGCCGGCAGUGCUAGUGUCUAGAUUUAUCCGAGGAAAAGAAGCUCCGGCACUGGUGUGUGCUUUAAGUGCCUUCAGCUAGGACUGUCUCUCCCUCCUGGGGAAGUCUGGCUGUGUUUGCACUUCAUGUUGGAACGUGGAACCCACUGCUCGUGAAUUUAUAAGCCCUGAGACACAAAGUGGCAGCACCUUUGGAGCCAUCUUUGCUGCCUAUUCCUCCCAGGAGGCCAGUGGUGGUGAGGGCAGCUAUGCACCCGGCCACACACAGGGUAACAAUAAAACCAGAUUUAUUUAUCAGCC